GUUGUCAUAACAACGAAAGACAAACAAGCGUACGAUGCGUAGCACUGGAUGAAAUCCAAGGGAUUCGGGAUGCAGGUUCCCCCGAACCAGACGAUGGAACUACGACACGACUGAGCCGAGGCCUCCAGCUCCUGACGUCUGCUGCAAUGGAGUCGAGCGACUCCGAGCUUCUGCUCAGCGACGAGGAGUCGCAAAGCGGUCGUGGCACGCGCGAGCCCGAAGUGGACAUCGAGGCGAUAAAUAACACGCUUACCGAAGUCCACCAGCAGUACAGCCAGUUACUGCUAAAAUAUUCCAGAGCGUUGAACAUCAUAGACCAGCUCAAAUGCCAACUAGCCUGCAACGUCAACUCCAGCGACGACUCCUCCCAGCUAAGGAUCAAGUACGACGCUUUGAUGCUUCAGCUUGAAGAGUUCCGCGUCGAUGGAAACGAAAUCAUGAGGUACACCACGGACCAGCUGAAGGGCAGAGCCGACGUGACGCCCAUCGUUAACGGCCCGAUGAACCCCAAGUUGCGAUCCUCGUCUCCACAAGAUGACCAGAGGGCCACGCUCGAAAAUCACCACAUCUCGACUGGCUUCGAUACAAGCUCGUACGAAGCACCCAAAACUCCGACCAACGUAGUAUCGACCACGAGUGAGUCGUCGAGCUCCGUCGGACUGGAAUUGUUCAGCAGACUCUUUGCAGCUUCCGACGCAUGGCACAGCCACAAUGCACCGGUUCUGGUUGAUGAGGUCGACUCGGCAGUCGCGAUUGUUCAAGACGAUGUCAGGAAUGUGGUCCCAAGAACAACCGAAGAAUACGAGGAUGCUGCUGGACACAGUAGCAGGAGCCGAGACCAGCACGUGGCAGAACGUGUAGCCACGGGCCACAGCAAGAAAGCGGCCUUGGUGCAGCCAAAUUACCACCAGAUUGCUGUGGUCUACCCUGCACAGCGGAAUGCAGAACUGUGCUCCGUGGGUUGCUGCAUGGCCCAUUCGUGCUGUUGCUGCCAACACUUGCAACACUCCAAGGGCCUAACAUCUGACAACCCUGUGCAGAAAGUGUGCAACUCAAAACCUGCGGGCAGCAGUGCUAGACAUGAUGGGGAUACCCAAAGAAGGUCUAGUGCUGCCACUCAAGUAAAGGAUUUUGCUGACAUUCCAUUUGACAAGAUCUGCUCAGCUCUGGAUGUGGCUGUGAAGCUAGCAGGGGAACUGCGAAAGCAUUCUAGAGACCUUCUGCAGCAGUUUCAGUGAUCCAUGUUUUUCUUGUCUUUUCCAAAAACAAUUUGGUGUCCACUGCAGCUUCAGCACCGAGUAACGAGCAUUCCGAACACAGAAGACUUACUUAAAAACAGAUCAAAACACUUCUUACUUUUUGGAGCAAUGCGGUUUUUUACACUGCAAGGUUAUCUCACUUUUAAAGUUUACUUUCUACUCAAUACCACGUGCCAAAGGUGACAACCAACUUUAUCCUCUUUGUGAUAUUUGCCAUAUUUGUUGACACAAAGGCAGUAAUUUUAUUUGUCCUGCGUAUCUUUUGGAAAGGUUUUACAAUAAAAUUGUGUUCUUGAACUC